AUGACUGAAGGAAAGAAAUUUUGGGCUCUAAAAGGACAUGUCAUACUUGAAGGCUACCCCAAGAAGAUUUAUGAACUUGGAUUUCCAAGAGCCCUCCAGAAGGUAGAUGCUGCGUUUCAUGAUACAAAGACUGAAAAGACCAAGUUUUUCGUAGGCGACAAGUACUGGAGCUAUGAUGAACGUCAUUCUGUGGAAAAUGGUUAUCCAAAACUAAUAGAGAAAGAUUUCUCAGGAAUUGAAAAUAAAAUUGAUGCAGCAUACCAAGAAAAUGGUUCCAUCUAUUUCUUCCAUGGAUCAAAGCAAUCUGCCAUAAGUGUGUUCUUCACAUUUUGAGUGCAAACUGCAUAUUGUGCUGUUAACCCACUUCUCAGUCAGUAAGCACGACAAGCUGAAUUAUGCUGAGACGUGUUGUGUAGUAUAAAGUCUCUGAUGGAAGAUCAGACUAAAUGAAGGUGGUGGGUGAAUUUCAACAAUGAGAGAACCUUGAUCUGGCACACAG